CAUGUCUGUAAGGCUCUCUCUGGUACAGAUACAGUAUGUGUGUAUCGAUCACAACUACCUUCAAAGAAUAAGUUAAUCGAAUCUUUCUGAAGGGUUUAAAAGUUGGAAUCAAAACAGAAACUCAUAUUUUUCUCAUUUGCAGUCUAUUCAUCCAACUACCUAAGCGGUAAACUUUAAUAAAUUAAAGUUUUGAUAGCAUUACGAGCUACAAUGCAAGAAAAGUUGUUGCUGGAAGCCUGUAGGUUGUGCCUACGUAAGUUGGAAUCAGAGUUCGAUAUGGUGAUACUGAAUGGAAACGAAGCAUACACAAGCAUGGUCAAAGAUCUGUUGUGCAUUGCGAUUCUUACAGAUCCUACACGAGACUACUUUAUAUGUUCGUCAUGUCGACAUACUUUGGACGAUUUUAGUACUUUUAGAAGCCUUUGCCAGGAAAAUAAUGCACUAUUUCGCAGCCAACUUCAAAUUUCCUCCACUACAUCGGAUAAUGUUAGUACGGAUAAAACACGAUGUCAAAAUGAAAUACUCGAAAAUGGGCACAAAGUCAAUCUUGAAAUAGUGAGUCCCAGCUUUGAUUCGCCGGAUCCGUUGCAUAAAAAGUCGAGCAAACCACAAAGUGUCAAGAGGAAACACCCGACCAUCGCCUGCACUCAGUGUGGUAAAAUGGUCAGCAAGAACAACAUGGCGGCCCACGUGGAAACCCACCAGGAAUGCAGAGUUCAAUUCCCGUGCGCUAACUGCGACAAGGUGUACACCGAUGCAAACAAUUUGAAGAAACACAUCAAUACGCAUACCAAAAGUGCCAUCUAUCGGUGUGAGGAGUGUGACAAGAGCUUCGACAGAACAGAUUGUCUAAGAAAGCACAGGAAAAUCAUGCACAGCGAUGAACGGGAUCAUGUUUGUACUGUUUGCGGCAAGGGAUAUGCAUUGAAGCAAAGUUUGACUCAGCAUCUGAAAUCCGCCCAUUCUAGCACCAAAACGAAGGAAUGCAUGGUUUGCGGAAUGUUGUUCAAAUUUAAUAACGAACUUAAAAUGCAUAUGACAAAACAUACUAAGGAAAAACAGCAUUCAUGUCCCAUGUGUUCGAAGCAAUUCACAAGAGCUUAUUAUCUUAAUGUACAUAUAAAAAGUAUUCACACAAAUGAUUAAAUGAUUAAUGAUUGAUUACAGUGUUGUUUUUUAUUCUCU